GAUUUGUGCUGGCAGUGGAAUCUUUCUUGGUAUUCUGCUCUAGUGAAAUAUACCCUUCACAUCCACACGUUUAUGUUAAUCUGCUGAUAUUAUAUAUAUUAUAGUUUCUUUAUUCAUGCAGAUUAAGUGACCUCCACGGAGAGAGAGAGAGAGAGAGACCUCCGCGGCCGCUGUGGUGUCCCCUCCAUACCCAGAUCGGGUCCAGCAACCCUCACGCAUCUGGUCCGCCGCUGCAGUAUUCUGCUCCGCCAUGAAGAAUCAAGAUUUCAGAGAUCUCGUCCUUCUGCUCUCAUGAAUAUUGUCACGGGGCCAUGGUGCUGGAAUUUUUGCCUAUUUGGGCCUAGCCCAAUAGCAGUUUCAGAAAUUCCUAAUAAAUCCUAGAGGCCCACGCAGCCCAUUCGUGCAAGACAAGAGGUGGAACUAAAAGUUUAGUCCCACCUUGCUAGUUUAGGGGGAGUUGGUCCUUUUUAUAAGGGGGGCUCCUUCCCCACUUGCAUGAGCAUGCGAACAAGAGGGACAUUCACGCGCGCUCCUCCUUCGCCGCCGCCCGCCUCGCCGCUGUCUUUCUCAUCCCGGCUUGCGGCGUGCACCGCACGUCGGGACAGUAGGCCUCCGAGACCGCACCUUUUGAGUCCUGUAUGGGUUUUUGGGGAGGCGAGGACACCGACCUUCUGUUUCGACUUGCAAGCCAAGCUAUGGGCCCACGAGGUCAGAGAGCUCUCCUACAACAUGGAGGACGUCGUCGACAAGUUCCUCAUACGUGUCGACAACGACGGCAUUCAACAGCCUCACGACAACUCCAGCAGAUUCAAGGAGCUCAAGAACAAGAUAAUCGGCUUGUUCAAGAAAGGCAAGAAUCACCAUCGCAUAGCUGACGCGAUCAAGGAAAUCAAGGAGCAAGUCCAGGAGGUGGCAGCUAGGCGUGACAAGAACAAGGUAGUUGUUCCUAAUCCUACGGUACCAAUUGCUAUCGAUCCUUGUCUUCGAGCUUUGUACGUAGAAGCGACAGAGCUAGUUGGCAUAUAUGGGAAGAGGGAUCGGGAGGUCAUGGGGUUGCUCUCCAUGGAGGGUGAUAAUGCCUCUAAGAAGAGAGCGAAGAAGGUCUCCAUUGUUGGAUUUGGAGGGUUGGGCAAGACCACUCUUGCUAGAGCAGUAUACGAGAAGAUUAAAGGUGAUUUCGAUUGCCGGGCAUUUGUUCCUGUCAGUCGGAAUCCUGACAUUAAGAAGGUUUUCCGGGAUAUUCCCGUUGAUUUCGACAACUCCCAUUCACAUCUUGGGAUAAUGGAUGAAAAGCAGCUUAUCGACAAGCUUCGUGAAUUCCUAGAGAACAAGAGUCGGUGCAGGCAGAGGCUCGCGAAGUGGAAUGCAGAGGCCCCCACUGAUGGACAGCAACAAAUAGGGCACAUGGAAUCAAAUUUAAUUACCUGCACACUGCUUGAGAGCGAGGCGGACAAGGGAUCGGUUGCCUCGGCUGAGGAGGAGUAGGCUGCCGGCGGCGGUGUCCACCCCCGCUACUGGGGGAGGCCAUUGCGUUCGUUGAGCACGAAAGAUGGAGGCUGCUGUGGAUGAUGGUGCCGGCGAACGAGGACCCAACGGACCAAGUCAGAUGCUCUGCGCAUUGGGCCUAAGAAGCCAUAAAGGAUUGGGAAAGCAUCAUGUAAAAGAUAUUGGAAGACUUAUUCAGUUGAGAUACUUGAUGGAACGGGUAUCGGAGGAGCUACGAACAUGGCAGGGGGGCAUUUUUUUAGUAGACUCUUCAAGGAUUUAUCACGACGUCCGCUGACAUUGUCCAAUCUGUGGGCGGCUCCAACCUGAUUGAGAUUUGGACGAGGCAUCCAACGCGUGAAAGGAAAGGAAUCCGCUGAGGAAAACACAAGUGCUUUUCUGGUCAUUCACCUGAGGGAAACGUUAGUACGCUGAGGAUCCGCUGAGGAAAUUCAUGUACAACAGUCGUUUAAACCAGUAUUUACUGGGCACGAGUAAAGAAGCAACCAACGUGUGCGUUGUGUACUAAACGAUUAUCUUAUCUUAAAGUUCUCAAAUGUUGUCCAGUAUACAUUUGGUGAUAUGGGUCUGACGAGGCAUUGCGUAAGAUACCAGUGCCGAUAACUUAUGAUUAAGCAAUA